AUGGCCUCCUUCCCUCCUCGUCAACUCUAUUAUAAGGGUCAGGUGCAGGCCGCUUCGUCCGGAAAGACAUUUCAGACUAUCAAUCCUGCCACUGCUACCCCGCUAGCUGACGUUCAAAUUGCUUCCAACUCCGAUAUCGACGCCGCUAUUACUGCCGCCGAACACGCUUUCCCUAUUUGGUCUCAGACUCCAGCAAUUGUUCGUGCACGUAUCCUUCAAAGGGCCGCUAAUCUUUUACGUGAGAAGAAUGAUGAGAUCGCCCGAGUGGAGACAUUGGACUCCGGAAAGGCCUUUACCGAGACCAGCACUGUGGACGUUGUGACAGGUGCUGAUGUACUAGAGUAUUAUGCCAAUUAUAUUGGAGGUGGUGGUCUCAAUGGUGACACCAUUCAGCUGCGUGAGGGCGCAUGGGUAUACACCAAGAAAACGCCCUUGGGUGUGUGUGCCGGUAUUGGCGCUUGGAACUACCCGAUUCAGAUUGCUCUUUGGAAAUCUGCUGCCUGCCUGGCUGCCGGAAAUACCAUGGUUUACAAGCCAAGUGAAUUCACUCCACUUCACGGUCUGACUCUCGCCGAGAUUUAUACCGAGGCGGGUCUGCCUGCUGGUGUUUUCAAUGUGGUCAAUGGUGGCGGUGAGGUUGGUGCUUACUUGACCACCCACCCAACCAUUGCCAAGAUCUCAUUUACGGGCCAGGUAUCUACCGGUAUGAAGGUGGCCGGCUCUGCCGCUGGUAAUAUGAAGUAUGUAACAAUGGAGCUGGGUGGCAAGAGCCCCUUGAUCAUCUGCCCGGAUGCAGACCUGGAGAACGCAGUUGAUGGCGCCAUGAUGGCCAACUUUUACAGCACGGGUCAGGUCUGUACAAACGGUACUCGUGUGUUCGUUCCACGGUCAAUAAAGUCUUCAUUUGAGAAGCGCCUGCUUGAAAAGAUUCCUUUCGUGCGGGCCGGUCCCCUCUUCGACGAGCAGACCAACUUUGGCCCUCUCAGUUCGCGCCCUCACUAUGAAAAGGUCCUUGAAUAUAUUCGCUGUGGUGUUGAGUCAGACCGUGCCACCCUAUUAUGUGGUGGUCUUGAGAAGCCUGCCGUACCCCAGGAACUGCAGGCAGGCUACUGGGUUAAGCCUACUGUCUUCACGGACUGUACAGAUGACAUGCGCAUCGUAAAGGAGGAGAUUUUUGGCCCUGUGAUGUCUGUUCUGUACUAUGACACGAUUGAGGAGGCUGUCAAGCGCGCCAAUGCCACUGAGCUGGGUCUCGCGGCCGGUGUCUUUACCAGGGACCUGAACCAGGCCCAUCGGAUCAUUGACCAGCUCCAGGCGGGCAUCACCUGGAUCAAUGCCUGGGGUGAGAGCCCGGCUGAGAUGGCUGUCGGUGGCUGGAAGAAGAGCGGCUUGGGUGUGGAGAACGGCCAUCGCGGUAUUGAGGCUUGGCUGCAGAACAAGAGCACCCUUGUUGAUAUGAGUGGUUGCGUAGCAACUGCUUUUGCCAAACUAUAA